AGCAACAAAAAGAAGAACAAUGCAGAAUCAGCCUCGUCAUGAGCAGCAGCUUUCUCGUCAGGUGGCCAAGACCACCACUGCUGUCACUGUUGGUGGUUCACUCAUGGUGCUUUCCGGGUUAACUCUGGCGGCUACCGUUAUCGGUCUAGCUAUAGUUACCCCUUUGCUGGUGAUUUUCAGCCCUGUUUUGGUACCUGCUGUUAUAACUCUUGGGCUGAUCCUUGGUGGGUUUUUGGCUUCUGGUGGUUUUGGAGUUACUGCUUCUUUUGUUUUCUACUGGAUGUACAGAUAUGUCACGGGGAAGCACCCGAUCGGAGCAACCAAGAUCGAUUACGCGAGGGAUAAGAUUGCACAUGUGGCAAAUGAUGUGAAGGAGAAGGCGGAGCAGUUGGGGCACCAAGCACAGCAGCAGAUUAAGGGUUGA